GUGUGCAAAAAACAUUUUAAAUAAUUGUAUAUAUUUUUUGAAUUUAAGAUAUAUAAUAUAUAUUAUUGAAUAUAUGUUUUAAAAAACCCUUUUGUUUUAUUAACCAUUGAUAUUUAUUUUUUUUUACCAAUUUUUCUAUUUGAAUAUUUGAAUUUGCCGCGUUUUGCGGCCGCUGCUCAAAGAGUCGAUAAUGCGGCUUUGUUAUCAUUCGAGGAUAUUCAUUAAUUAAAUUAUUGAAUAUAGACGUCAGCACCUGAGCUUGUUUGGAGUUUAAAUAAAAUUUAAUAGAAGCGGCACGUGUUGUUUAGCUUGUUUAUAAAUUACAAUCAAAUAUUUUUUACCACGUUUUUUUUUUAAUUGUAAUCAACGUGCAGUGAAAUAAAUGAGCUAGUCAUUUAGGGUGUAAUUAAUUAGACUAGAGAUAAUAAAUUGUUAAAUAAUUAAAUCCAAAGCUCAAUGAUAUAACCUUUAAUUAAAAUUAAUUGAUUAAAGAAUUUGUAAAUCACACGAUAAAAUGCCGGAAGUGAAGCUAAAAAAUAACGGGUGUGUAAAAAAAUCUUUGGUAAGGAAAAAUGGUCAAUUAAAUGGCAGUUCGAUUAAAGUUGAUUUGAGUAAUAAAAUAAAAGAAGAAGAAGCCAAAACACUGGAGCUUAAUUUGAUCACCAAAGAUUUGUCAAGUAUUUCUGAUAAUUUUUUUUAUCGAUACUGCAAUUUAUUUCGAUUAGAUCUGUCCGGUAAUAAAUUAUCAACUAUAACGAAUGCAAUUGAAUCUCUUGUUAAUUUGGAGUGUUUGCUAUUGGAUAACAAUAGAUUUAAAAAAUUUCCUCAAGUAGUUGAAAAUCUUGUGAGGCUGAAGGAGCUGAGCUUGAAGAGCAAUGAAUUGACUGAAUUUCCUGAAAGUUGUCGGGGCUCUGCGAGUAUAGAAAAAUUAAACUUGUCUGACAAUAAAUUAAUUUUUUUACCCGUAACCUGGGAAAAGAUGAGGCGUUUAAAGAGUCUAGAUUUGUCUUAUAAUUAUAUUAAAUCGAUUCCUACGUCUAUUGAACAAGGAAUGCCGAUUCUCGAGAUGCUGGAUCUAUCCGGAAAUAGAGGAAUGAUAAUAAAUGGUCACAUUUAUAGUCACAGAAUUAAAAAAUUUUACUGCAGAAGUAACAAAAGUCGUCGUUUAUGCUUCCCCGAGUGGAUUUUCUCUGGUAAAUAUUAUCAGUUCGAUGAACUGGACUUUGAAAACUCGUCAUUCAGUAUUAUAUUGAUACCACCAAACCCUAAAAUCCGCGUUAGAGUACUAAAUCUUCAGCGUUGUAAUUUUACAAGUAAAAAUAUUGCCGCUAUAUUACGUGACAUUGAGUCUAUUGAGUACUUGAAGAUAGGGAACAAUAAUUACUGUUCCGAGGGAAAUUUAUUCACCGAGUUACCGCUCGAAUUAAUAAACGCACCGCAGGAUCUCCUGGAAUUUGAUUGCCGAGAUGUCGGUCUCCCGUCAAUCCCACCGGCGAUAAAAAAUUUUAUCAGUAUCACCAAGAUUGACUUGAGUUUAAAUCACAUCAGCUGGCUGCCUAAUGAAUUCUGUUAUAUGGAAAAAUUAGAGGUUCUACUUCUUUCUCGCAAUACUUUGAUAAUGCUGCCGCAGAAUAUCGGGCAACUGGAGCGUUUGAGAGUACUAGAGAUUUCCGAUAAUCAUAUUUCAUCUCUACCGGAGUCUGUGAGUCAGCUCAAGAAUCUUCAGUACCUCGAUCUUUACCGUAAUGAUUUAUCCGAGUUACCAGAGUACUUUAAAGACUUUAAUAAUCUCGUAGGUCUUGAUGUCGAACAAAAUUUCAUCGAUACCGACAAUUGUCAAUUACUGAUGUACGAAAGUCUGCGUGAAGCAAACAGAGUCUACAAUAAAUCAGAAUUAAGACUAAAUGGUCCGAGGGUGGAACAGCAGUCAACUUAUUCAAGUCGAUCAACAAGUUCAUUAACAAAUUCAAAUGAUUCUUACGAAAGUGCCUUCGAUGUCUCAUGUUCAAUGUCUCAAGAGUGUUUUCUUAAAAAUGAUGAUAAUUGGGACAAAGAAUACGAUAGUUCGGAUGAUUUUGAUGCAUACAAUCCACCAGUCAUUGAUGAAAUCCAGUGGCAAUACCCAAGAAAUGUUUGGACCGAUCCGAUGCAUUUUUGUCCUGCGGAUUUACACGUGCCGAGAACAAAAGACAUAAUUGCUGAAAACUACGCUCGCGGAAAAUAUCCAACUCGACCAGCAAUUGUCGAGGGACAGUUUGAUGACGCCGAUUAAUUUCAUUAAUUAAUGCCGUAAGAAGACGAUGGAGUCGAAUUUAAAUAUCCGACGUCAGAUAGCAAGAAAUAACCAUAUAAAGAAUAUCUGAUUAUCCUCUUGUAUGACUUGAAAUGGUUCAAGUUUUCAUACUUGAAUAUAGUAAAUUCUCAUCUUCAUUGAUUAAAAUACUCAUUUUUUUUUUUUUUAUUUUUAUUUGUUAAUACUCUAGUAUUAUUUACUAUUAUUUUCAAUGAGCUUUAAAUGAUUUAACCCGUCAGCACUCCCGUGAUUUUUACUGUCUCGGUUGCGCGACAGCGACAUCCUAAAAAUUAAAUAGUGUCCUGUGAGCAAAAUGCUCAUAACGGGAGUGCUGACGGGUUAAAGUUUAUUUGUUAAGAUUUUUCAAUUAAUUUUAUGUAAAUACUUUCUUUUAUCGUUAAUAAUUAAUGAUUGUUAAUAUUAUUAUAGUAUAAGUACUAUAACGAAUUAAAGAAAGAAAUAAUUGAAAAUACUUACCUAGUUAA